AUGACAUUCUGGGUUACAAUCAAGAAGGCCAAGCAUACGUUCUUCAAUGGAAAGUCCCGACACUCGGAGCAGAGCAGGCCCAAUCUCGAAUCUAAUCUAUGGGGACCGACUCGAUCUGAUGCGGUAGCUCUUGGCAGUGGUAGCACACCCGACCAGCCCCCGCCGCUCCGCUCACCCUUGGGGCUAGCGCACAUCCAAUCACGAGUGAGCCCUGGUGAUCAGCAGCACCCGCCCGACGAAACGAAACCUCCCCUCGACGCGCACACAGAGCAGGCCACCCAGGCAGGACACACAAACAUCAUGCCAAGCAGUAGCCUAUUUGCAUCACUUAGCACAUCUACAUACCGCUUAGAGAACAUCUACAAACGAAACAGCUACUCCUCGAGCUGUUUAUAA